CUGGAGCAGCUCCUUCUAGCAUCCUUCAUCCUUCAGGUAUCAGGCAUCUAGGCAGUGCUUGAGCUGCAGAAACUGAGACCACCCCUUCACGCAUCUCAGGCUUGACCCUUCCCCAGUAUCCCUUUCUGUAUUAGCUACUUCUGCAUCAGAUAUUUUCAGCUGCAACUCCCUGCAGGGUGGGGCACCCCCCCCAUCUGAGGCAGUUUUUGGUGUCCCCCGCCCCCCACUGACCUUACAUUCCAGGGCUGAGGCUGCUGCCGCCGCCUGUCACUUCAGGAUGAAAGGGGAGACUCCUGUGAACAGCACCAUGAGUAUUGGGCAAGCACGCAAGAUGGUGGAACAGCUUAAGAUUGAGGCCAGUCUGUGCCGGAUAAAGGUGUCCAAGGCGGCAGCAGACCUGAUGACUUACUGUGAUGCCCACGCCUGUGAGGAUCCCCUCAUCACUCCCGUGCCCACUUCGGAGAACCCCUUCAGAGAGAAGAAGUUCUUCUGUGCCCUCCUCUGAGCUACCCUGUUCCUACUCUCCUCACCUUUCCCUCUCCGGGCCCUUCCUUAGGUCGGUAACCGUGGAGAGCCUCUAAGGCUCCCUGCAGCCUAUUCCUACCCUCGCCCCACCCUGUGAGGUUAUCUGAAGCACAAGACCCUCCUCACCCACUUCGACCCCAUCUCCUCGCCCUCUGUGGCACACCCCAAGCAUCCCGUGACUCGGGCACCGUUUGCUCCACCAUCAGAGAGGUCUCUGCCAGACUGUCAGCGUCCUGCCCACGUCCCUCUGUGACCCGUCCAGACAAUGGAGAGAGGGAUGCGCCGGGUGCUUGCUCUCAGUCUCACCUGGAGCUACUGGAAGGGUAAAGUCAUUUGAAGAAUAAAGUCAUCCAGAGUCUCA